AUGGACGCUCUCAUGGCGAAGCAGAAGACAUUGCAGCUGAUGCCUUCGGCGCUCCACAACAUCAACACCAUCGGCGGGGAUAUCCUCCUCGCAGCCGCCGUAUUUCUCGUCAACGUCGAACUGCUCGAGUCGGGAACGCGUUGUUGGAAACCUCACCUUGAGGGUGCGGCGAGGAUCAUGAGCUUGGUACAAACCCUUACGCCGGUUGAUGAACCCUUGAGAGACUAUAUCAUGUCUGACUGCAUUGUCACCAACGACACCGAAGAUUACUACUCGGACGAUGACGACAUCCUCAGUUCGACGGGCAUGGCAUUACUAGAGAGGGCGCAAAACGUUGACCUGGCCGCCUGGGCAUGCAGACUGGACAAACCCGAUACCAUAGCGAGCCGGUAUAUGGCCGCCUCGGCGCACCAGAUGGCUACGUGCCUAUAUGUCAUGCAGUCUUUCCCGUCCCUGUUGAGAUGGGUUGGCGACGGAGCGUACGACGCGCUUAUCGAUAGACUCUACAACACGCUAUCGCAGAUUCCUGAUCCAGAUCCCAACUUUAAGGCGACCAUCUGGCCGACUUUCAUCAUCGGCACCACGGCCUGGACGGUGGAAAAGCAAAACUGGGUUAUAGAUCGACUGAGGCGGUUGACCGUGGCUAUCUGUUGGGGUUUUGUCUAUACUGCUAUCGACACGUUGCAGGCUCUAUGGAGGCUUGAUGAGCGGAACUAUCAAAUCGAUGACAUCCUCUAG